CGGUGGGAUGGGGAAGGGGAACGGUGAGGGCAUGGUGGCGCCUACGAUGACAGAACGGAAACUCCUCAUUCUUUUUGGCAGCCAAACUGGGACGGCUCAAGACACAGCUGAGAGAAUUGGCAGAGAAGCCAAGCGACGGCAUUUCCAAUGCAGGGUAGAGGCGCUGGACAGCUAUGAGGUGGCCAACCUCAUCAAUGAGCUGUUGGUGGUUUUUGUGUGUGCAACCACCGGCCAGGGUGACCCACCUGACAACAUGAAGAUGUUCUGGCGGUUUCUGUUCCGGAAGAACCUGCCACCCCGUUCCCUCUGCCAGCUGGACUACGCCGUGCUGGGCCUUGGUGACUCCUCCUAUCCCAAGUUUAAUUUUGUUGCGAAGAAGCUGCACAAACGGGUGCUACAGCUUGGGGGCAAUCCUCUGCUGCCAGUGGCGUUGGGAGACGACCAGCAUGACUUGGGGCCAGAUGCAGUGGUCGAUCCAUGGCUCCUGGCCUUAUGGGACAAGAUCCUUGCCUCGUAUCCUCUCCCUCCUGGCCUUGAGAUCGUCAGUCCAGAUGUACGCCUGCCCCCAAAAUACACCCUGCACUACCUGGCGGAGGACUCCCCGCAUCCCGAUGGUGGCCUGCUCCAGCCGACAGCACCCAGGACUGUUCCCUCCGAGCUGCAUCCUUUCCCUGCCCGGAUGGUGUCCAAUCAGCGGGUCACAGCAGAAUCCCAUUUCCAGGAUGUCCGGCUCAUCGAGUUUGAUGUCGCGGCCUCAGGGAUCACGUUCAAUGCAGGGGACGUGGUGAUGAUCCAGCCCCAAAACUGCUCUGAAGACGUGCAACAGUUCUGCCAGCUCCUGCGUCUAGAUCCAGAGAGAUGCUUUGUGCUGAAGCCCACAGAGCCUGGUACCUCCCUCCCUGUACUGUUGCCACAGCCCUGCACCAUCCGGUACCUGGUCACCCACUACCUGGACAUCUCCUGUGUGCCGCGGCGCUCCUUCUUUGAGCUCUUGUCCUACUUCUCUACGAAUGAGCUGGAGCGGGAGAAGCUGCAGGAGUUCAGCUCUGCACAGGGGCAGGAAGAGCUGUACAGCUACUGCAACCGGCCCCGCAGGACCACUCUCGAGGCCCUCUGGGAUUUUCCUCACACCACGUGUGCCAUUCCGCCCGACUACCUGCUCGACCUCAUCCCUCGCAUCAGACCCCGCGCCUUCUCCAUCGCCUCCUCCAUGCUGGCUCACCCUGACCGGAUCCAGAUCCUCAUGGCAGUAGUGCGGUACAAGACACAGCUCAGCAAACCCCGCCGUGGUCUCUGUUCUACCUGGUUGGCCUCUCUCAACCCAGAGCAAGGUGAUGUUAGGGUGCCUCUUUGGGUGAAGAAAGGAGGAAUGAAGUUCCCAGCUGACCCUGACACCCCCGUGAUCAUGAUUGGCCCUGGCACAGGGGUGGCACCUUUCCGAGCAGCGAUACAAGAGCGGGUGGCACAAGGAGGUAGAGGGAACUGCUUGUUCUUCGGCUGCCGCCAGAAAUCCAAAGACUUCUACUGCCAGGCAGAGUGGGAAGAGCUCGUGACAAAGGGCUUCCUGACACUCUUCACGGCCUUCUCCAGGGACCAGGUAGCUGCUGGUCCUUAAAUGACCUGCUCGGAGCCCUAACCUCGUCGGCAGAGCCUCUGUCAGCACUUAGCUGAUUAAUGGUAAUGAUGCUGAAGCUGAGCAACCAGCUGGCUGUGUUGGUGCUUGUGACGGGCUUGCUUACCUCCUGCAUCGCCGGCAGCCGGGUCGGAGCAGUGGAGCUGUGCCCGGGGGUGACCUGACUCUCCAGUGCAAUGCAACCAGUGGAGCUGCGUGGGACCUGCUGACGCGCGGUGACCAGCUCUUGUGACAGCCGGGGCUGGGGGUUGUUCCCACGCAUACCUCCAAACUGCAGCCCACAGGGAGCCUGCGAUGCAGCAAGAGCCUUGCUGCCUUUGGGGCUGACGGAGGGAGGAGGACAUGGGGAGGAGGUUGUGCCCGCAGCUCAGCUCACUGCUGUGCAGAGCCCGGCGUGCUGGAACACGCGGCAGAGGGCCUGGCCUCCAUCACACUGUCACCUUUGUCGUGGAGGAGCCAUCUGGGCCGGCAGUGAAUUCAG